CCUCUCCCACAUCUCUAAACCUUUAAUUUCUUUUAAUUUCCCUCCUCCUCCUCCUCCUCCUCCUUUUUCCUUCUUCUUCCCAUUGAAAAUCAAUGGUGAAGUUCUCUAAAGAACUUGAGGCACAGCUAAUCCCAGAAUGGAAGGACGCCUUUGUAAAUUAUUGGCAACUUAAAAAACAUGUUAAGAAAAUCAAGAUAUCAAGAAAACCAAAGCAUGUUCAAGAUGGAAACUCUGCUCUUGAUUUUGGUCGAUCCAUUUUCGACUCCAUUCGUUCUUUUACCAUAAAUUUUCAUAAAGCUGCUGAUAAACCUGAAGUUUCUCAAGUGAAGGGCAUAAUCAAAGAAGGAGAAGAUGGAAGUGAACAAGAAGAGCAAGAAGAAAUGUAUGAAACUGAAAAUGAGCUUGCUCAGUUGUUUUCUGAAGAAGAUGGGGUGAGGAUAUUUUUUGAAAUGCUAGAUGAAGAGCUGAAAAAAGUGAAUGAUUUUUACAAGACUAAAGAGAGUGAGUUUCUUGAAAGAGGGGAUAUUCUUAACAAGCAGCUCCAAAUAUUGUUGGACCUUAAGCAAGUUCUCAGUGACCGUCGCCGGAAAAUCCACGGGUCGAGAUCCGGAUCCGGGUUUUUCAGUCGGACCAAUUCAUUAUCUGGCCGGAAUUCUGAUUUUUCCGAAACUGCAAGCGAAUAUUGUGACAGCCCAACGGGGACAGAAACAUCACAAACAGAAGAAGUGAUAGCAGCACUAGAAAAGAAUGGGAUAAAUUUUGUAAAUUCAGCAAGCACAAGGGCAAAGACUAAAAAAGGCAAACCAAAGAUGGCAAUGAGGAUUGAUAUUCCAGCCACUACACCAACACGUACUAUAGCUGCUGUUACAUCUAUGCUUUGGGAAGAUUUAGUGAAUAACCCUAAGAAAGAUGGUCCUAGAGAAUACAUUAACAAGAAGAAAAUCCAAUGUGCUGAAAAGAUGAUCAGAAGUGCUUUUGUUGAACUUUAUAGAGGCCUUGGCUUACUCAAAACUUACAGCUCACUAAAUAUGGUGGCUUUCGUGAAGAUACUUAAGAAGUUUGAUAAGGUCGCUAAGCAGCAAGCAUCAGCCAAUUACCUUAAACAAGUCAAAAGAUCCCAUUUCAUUAGCUCUGAUAAGGUGGUUAGGCUAAUGGACGAAGUGGAGUCCUUAUUCACACAGCACUUUGCAAACAGUGACAGGAAAAAGGCAAUGAAGUUCUUAAGACCCCAACAGAAUAAAGAAUCUCAUAUGGUCACCUUUUUUGUUGGUAAUUCCCUCACUCACUACUCACCCACCCACCCCCUUAUAUAAAAAUAGAAACAAAAC